UGGAGACAGUAGGACUAGUUCAGAGGAGACUCUGUUCCAACUUCCUGACUUGGAAGAGAAUUUCAUGCACACUGAUUCCUCCCGGCAGUUAUCAGAUGGCAUUCCUAAUUUUGUUGACGGUAAUCUGCAUCAAGAGGAAAGCAAAGAACAGUUUGAUGGAAAUUCAGAGGAUUUCUGCAAGGAAGUUCGCUGCAUUGAAAUGGAAGAGUCUGGCACAAACAGAUACAUAGUGUCAAAUAUAUCAGAUUCAAGUGCUAGUAGAUACCAAAACUCAAAUAUGUCGUCUCCUUUCGCAAACACAGCUACCUCAGGACUGACCACAGUUGAAAAUGGAGAUGGCACAAAUCAGGAAUUGGAGUCACCCCUACCUAAACAAAAAGGUUUUGUAGUUCCUUCUUCUGAAAGGACACCUCAAUGGCUGCCCGAGAAAGAAAUGUUUUGCCCCUCUGUUGUGAUGUUGAGGAGGAGUAGAAGCUGCAAAGCAAGGCUUAUGAAUAAUUCGUCUCCAUGGUGGCUUGAGUUGGUAGAGAAGAAUGAGAGCACACCUGCUAUUGAGUUUGAGAAAAAAUUUAUAGGAAGGCCCGAGGGUUUCCAAAAGAAACUUCCUUCUCUGAACUAUGGUGCUGAGACUGAAAGGCUAUCAAGAAAUGCUUCUCAGGCUUCUGCAAGAAGUGCUGCUAUUGAUGAGCGUAAAGCACAGGAUACAAAAUCCACAACUGAUGACAAGGUAACUGAAAGCAGUACUUUAGUUGAAGGAGCAGAGGAAACGACCAAUACACAAUGCAAUACUCAACUUGCUGAUUCUGUGGUACCGGAGACGGAUUCAAUGCCCAUACCGUCUCCAAAGGAUGUAAAAGAUGUUGGCUUGGACCCAAUGCCCAUUGAUGACGAAAGCCCUUCAAGGUGGCCUUCAGAAUUCAACAAGCUGCAAAGAGAGAUCAUUGAACUUUGGGAUGCCUGCAAUGUGUCAUUGGUUCACAGGACUUACUUCUUCCUCCUAUUUAAAGGUGACCCAAGUGAUUCGAUUUACAUGGAGGUUGAGGUCAGGAGAUUGUCCUUCCUCAAAGACACAUUUUCGCGUGGAAAUCAGACUCUGGAAGAUGGCCAAACUCUAACACCCGCUUCAAGCAUGAAGGCUUUGACUAGUGAGAGACACAUGCUGAGCAAGCAAAUGCGAAGGCGACUGUCUGAGGAUGAAAGAAAUAACCUCUACCUAAAGUGGGGUAUCAGUCUACACUCGAAGCAUAGGCGGUUGCAAUUGGCAAACCUCCUGUGGAGUAACACACAAAACCUGGACCAUAUCAUGGACAGUGCCACAAUUGUUGCAAAGUUGGUAGGUUCAGUAGAGCCCGAACAAGCAUUCAAGGAGAUGUUUGGUCUCAGGUUUGCACCGCGAGACACUCUCACCAAGCGGAAAUCUCACUUUUGGUCAGAAAGUUUCAGGUCUCUUGUGUAAGCUUUUGCAAGAUUGAUCACCCAGUACAGAAAUUUCAUCGAGUCCAAUUCCAUUCGCGUAUAGAUUAUGAUUCCGUGUCAAAUAUCCCAUUUGAUAUUCUCUCUUCAGAUUGUAUACUUUUAUUUUUUGGAUCUGCUUUCUGAUUGUAAUAUUUUUGUUUUUGAGUUAAAAAGUUGUGAUUGUAAAUUUGGUCAGGCUAGAAAUGGUGCGUAAGGCUUCCCUAGUUUCUUGUAAAGUAAAGCUCCUUACCGACGCUCAAAAGAAAAGAACACCAAGCUACGGUUUUUACCAUUCUCAGUCACUACUAAUUCUUAAUUCUGCC